GGCGCUAGGCAAGCCCCAGGCUUCUCCGGCCCAGGUGCUGCAGGGCCUGCUGGAGCGCUAUGGGGACAACGCCACCAUCUCUGUCCCCCAGCUCCGCUCCCUGCUGUCCCGACUUGGUGCACCUGGUCAGGGGGACAACAGCACCGCAGCAGAGGGGACGGCUCCACCUGCUCCGCCUAAAGUCAACCUGUCCAAAGUAAGUAGGCAUUGGCAUUUGUUAACCUUUUUAAGUGAAUUAUCUUAAAAUAUCUAAAAAAGACCCUAAUUUACAUAAUCUGAGGUGUUUGUCUUGUGCCCCCCAUUGGUUGAGACGGCGCACUCUUGACUACAGGGUGGGUGUCAUUUCAAUCAUAGAAAUAUAAUUCAUAGAAUGGACCUAUCCCUUCAGACUUCUGCAAUUUAGCUGGUACACCGUUGACAUUCUUACUUCCAAUUACUACCACAAAGAUGGCUGCCUGACAGUAUCAUUUAAAACAACUGAUAUUCCCAUUCAAGUCAACAUUCUCUGAUGUGUGGACCUCCAACCAUCUGUGGUUGAAAGUUGAUAUUAUAAUUUUAUCAUCCAAAACAUGACACCCACCCUGUAUUCAAGGGCAUGUGGCGUCUCAACUGAUGGUGGGCACAACACAAAAACCUCAGAUGAUGUCAAAUGGGGUCUAAGCUACAACCUAUGCGAGAGAGAAAAAAUCGGCCUUUACACGUUUUUAGAUAAUUUACAUUUUAAUUUUAAACAGUUUUAUUCUAGAAAUUAUAAAAUAAUUUCACAACUCUGUUCGUAAGCUUUUAAAUGAUAUCAAACUCAACCGUUAUCUUUUCCAUUGAUGUAUCAUGGUAUGCAAAAUGGGUCAACUUUGAGCACCUCUAUUUCCUGAAUGUUUUGUCAUUCAGGUCCAAAUUGUCACUUUCUGACCGCUUCUACCGUGGGCGAAUAGGUAUGGAAGGUUUCGUUCAAAUCAAAAGGGGUGCGGUCAAAAAGUGAUUGAAAUAUCAUACUAUACAGCAGUGUCUUGCCAUUAGUGUUAAAACAAAGAUUUUUCGCCCCCUCCCGCCCCUAUGGAAAACUCUUUCUCAAAGCUAAGGAUCCGGAUCACGUUCUGCGCAUGUUAUCUUACACGCACUACGUAGCUACUGCUCACACUCCACCUCCCUUUACUUUUCUCUCUUUACUCACCCUCUUCUGAACCAUGAUGAUGUAGCCUAUCUCUGCCUCAUGUCUCUGAACAGCUUAAAUAAAAUAAAAACUGUGGCGAUUUGAACAAACAUUCCCAAAAAUAUUUAUUGAAGGCUAUACAACCUUCUGUCUGUUGUAACGGAUAAAGUUCCCUGUGCAUUGCAUUGGACCAAAAACAAUCAGUGUUUUGUGUGAUGUAGGCUAAUCUUUAUAGGUGCUGCCAUUAUCGUAGCCACGAGCCAGAGUUCCUGAAAAAUAAUGUAACUCGCCACUUGAGUUUUGCAUUGGGGCAACAAAAAAAAUCUGCGUUUUAACCACUCGAUGAUCAUGCAAGUACCGCACGAGUAGGGCAUCCUUCAUUCAAACCCUCUCACUUUUGGUCUCCUAAAUAGCUAGGAUACUUGGCAUUUUUCUCAAGCUUAAAGGGAUACUUUGGGAUUUUGGCAAAGAAGCCCUUUAUCUACUUACCCAGAGUCAGAUGAACUCAUGAGCUAGGUUUCCAUCCAAUUGGACAGAUUUUAAUGCAAAUAUUCUCAAAUCUGCAUAAAGAAAAUAUAUGCAUUUUCCCACCAGUGGUGUGUUUCCACCAAAUUGACUUGUUGUGGAUCAAAAUGCCUGAUGACCUAGUGCAUACAAAAUGUCAUUUUUUUUCACUUAUGUUUUUCACGUAUCAAAUACAAAUCUAAAGUUCAAUGUGUUUCCUUCGCAUUUUCAACUCUACCAAUAGUUUUGUCACAACUGUUGCGUUAAAUAGCAAAUGUUCCUACUCUGGUCUUGGCAUGUGCGCUCUAGCCAACAGCUGGCAGAUACAGUGCGGGUAAGCUAGUCUACAUGAUGAGAUUAUUAUGGAUAAGAGCGAGAAUAUUUUUAUUUGUCAAACGGCAGUCAAGCAUCGAUCAUCAUGUCACCAGAAUAAGACCCUUGAUAUUUAUUGGAAAGGAGCAUCAAGCUCAUCACCGUGCACUUUCACCACUCUAUGAAGUUUAUCAUCAUUUAUUUCAUCUGUAGCCUAAUAAACUGCAUGGUUUCCCGAGUCGUAGUGGGAGGACCGCACACCAUAUCAUCGCUUUAAUCCAAGUUUACUUCUAUGUGAUGGUUAUUAUAUCAAUAUUUGCGCAUAAAGGUGUUUCCACCGCCAUUUCUCGCAUGAAUACAUUUUUGAAGUCAGCGCAAAGUUCAGUUGCGUCUUCAUGUUGUAGAGGAUAAACAAAGAUAGGAAAUGCUAUUGUGUGUGUGUGUGUCCUGUGCGCCGUUCCUCAUGCCACUGAGUUAAGGGAAUGACUGUUUACCUUUGGUCCAGAGUUUGUGUGCUCAGGCAUGGAACCUUACAUGGACCGGCUCCAUCAUGGAUAACUUGAUAUGUUUAGUUUUCCUUGAAGGGAAAACAUAAUGUUCCUUAUCAGAUAGAAAAUGACUGGUGUCUGCUGGGGCUGGUUGAGGAUUCUUUUUUCUGCUGUGUGUGUGUGUGUGUGUGUGUGUGUGUGCAGACCUGGGUUCAAAUACUAUUUCAAAUAUCUAAAUUACUUUCACAUGCAUUUAAAGUAAGUCAGCCUAUUUGGAUAUAUUUUAUUUGAAGAGACAAAGGGGGGGGGGGGAGUGUAGGGAGUUGGAUCAGUCCAACCAGUUUGCCUCCACACACAGCACAGAGAAACAAGAUGAUGAUGCCGAACAGAUUCCCCCCUGGAUAACACUCCUUCUCAGUGAUGGACUAGACAACCAAUUGUAGCACUGGCUUUCUUUAUGAUUUUGUCAAGCUUGUUUAAGUCCUCUUUGGCUAAAUUCCUUGUGCAACACACAAUGGCAUUUUGUCACAGACAUUAAAAGAUCUAAGCAUCUUAAAAAGUACAGUCUGGAUUUGGAUUUUUUGAAUUUUCCUUCCAGAUCAGUUGGUUGUCCACUAUUACACCCAAGACAUUUGAAUGUACAGUAUUUGGAAAUACACUUGGAAAAUACUCAAAUACACUGACUCAAUUACAUUUCCAUGCAUUUAACCCGGGUAUUUGAAAUAAGUAUUUGAAUACAGUUUGGGAGACUCUUUUGUUAUUUUUAAUUUUUAUUUACAAAUAACCAUUCAAAUACUUAAAUAUAAGUACUUGCUUUGGGCUGUGUAUUUGAAAAAUACUCAAACACACAGAAAAAGUAUUUUAAAUACCAGAUACUCAAAUACACGUGUAUUUGAACCCAGGUCUGGUGUGUAUGUGCGAAUGUGUGUGUGUGUCACUGAGGGAGUUCUAUUAACCUGAGCCACGGUGCACCAGUCUAUGGCCCGUGACGUGAAUGGGCAAAAGUGGCUUAAAAAUCCUUUAAUCUACACUGAUUUAAGUGGAUUUAACAGGUGACAUCAAUAAGGGAUCAAUACUUUCCCAUGGAUUCACCUGGUCAGUCUGUCAUGGAAAGACCAGGUGUUCCUAAUGAUUUGUACACUCAGUGUAUGUUAAAAUGUUCUAACAAGUUUUCAUUGGAAAGGCAGAUAAAGCAUUUUUAUCAAAAGGAAUCACUUUUGCAUGUGAAAACACAAAAGCCUACUCAUUAUUCCAAGUGCUUCAUCUAGCCUAGGCUACGUCACUUUUAUUUUGAGCAGAAGUCACUUUUGUUUUGAGCAGAACGGGACACCUGGCUCACGCUCGGGGGGGAGGCAGCCCUGUUUCAAAACGAAUGCAAUCACUUUUCACCCAAUGCAAACUCCGUGCCAGAUGAUUAAAUCCCCUCAGUGACUGACUGACUGACUGUAUGUUUCCCUCCACAGUGCUUACCUGCAGACACUCUGGCGGUGUACAGUAUAAGCGAGCAGUCUCAUCUGGAUGGGCGUGGCUUACAGGAGCUCUGCCCCACCAUGCUGCAGCAAUUGGACGCCGGCGCCUGUGGGGAGGAGAAAGGGGAGGAGCUUAUCAUAGACCUGCCUUCCAAACCCACUGCUGCUGAAGGUGAGCCUCUAAACUUAUACUCAGUAUUCAUAAUACAUUUUCUAUAUCAAUACAAAAAUCAAUCAAAAUUAUUUUAAAGCCCUUUUUACAUCAGCACCAGCCACAAAGUGCGUAUAUAGAAACCCAGCCUAAAACCCCAAAGAGCAAGAAAUGCACAUGUAGAUGCACCCUGGCUAGGAAAAACUCCCUAGAAAGGCAGGAACCUAGGAAGAAACCUAGAGAGGAACCAGGCUCUGAGGGGUGGCCAGUCCUCUUCUUGCUGUGCCAGGUGAAGAUUAUAAGAGUACAUGGCCAUUAAGGCCAGAUCAUUAUUAUUUAAGAUACUCUUUGAAGAGGUAGGGUUUCAGAAGUUUUCGGAAGAUGGGCAGGGACUCUGGCUCCACCAUUGGGAGCUUGGACUGGGCUGAGUGGGAGAUGUCCUCCCGUAGCAGCCCUCCUCUCCACGUCACCUGGUAGGAGCGGCCUGUCAGGUAGGAUGCAAUCCAAGAGUAUGCAGAGCCUGAGACGUCCAGCCCUGAGAGGGUGGAGAGGAGGAUCUGAUUGUUCACGGUGUCGAAGGCAGAUAGAUCUAGGAGGAUGAGAACAGAGGAUAGAGAUUAAGCUUUGGCAGUGCAUAGAGCCUCCAUAACACAGAAGAGCAGUCUCUGUUGAGUGACCAGUCUUGAAGCCUGACUGGUUAGGGUCAAGAAGAUCGUUCUGAGAGAGUUGGUCAAAGACAGCACGCUCAAGUGUUUUGGAAAUAAUUUGAUACCGGUCUGUGGUUUUUGACGUCAGAGGAGUCGAGUGUUGGUUUCUUGAGGGGAGGGACUCGGGCCAUUUUGAAGUCAGAGGGGAUGAAGCAAGUGGUCAGGGAUGAGUUGAUGAGGGAAGUGAGGAAUGGGGAAAGGUCUCCAGAGAUGGUCUGGAGGAGGGGAUGAGAGUCACUGACUGUAAAUUAAAGGGAUGAGUGGUUUGGGUGUAGUUUUCCUUUUUACAAAAAUAUAUGGAAAAAUCUGCUCUAUCCAAAAUUACUGAUUGCAGCAUUACUGCAAAAAUGGAGUUGAAGGAGAGAAGGUAGGGAACUUAUCUGUCGGCCCUGUAUUAAAGACCAAACAUGGUUAAAGAAAACUGUGAUAAAUAAAAAAGGAUACCAGUUUCAUUUAAGGACCAAAUAAUUUACAGCUGCACCAUACAGGUUGCAAAAUAGUUGGGAAGAGAUUUUUGAUGUACCUAUUCCAUGGCACAUGGUUUAUGAACUGAUACACAAAACGACACAAGAUUCAAAAUUUAGUUUUUAUUUAAUUUAAAUUAUAUAUUUUUUUGGCAAACAAUACAUUUUACAUUUGAGUCAUUUAGCAGAUGCUCUUAUCCAGAGCGACUUACAGUUAAGUGAGUGCAUACAUUUUCAUACUGCCCCCCCGUGGGAAACGAACCCACAACCCUGGCGUUGCAAACGCCAUGCUCUACCAACUGAGCUACACGGGGCUAUAUAUAUAUAUAUAUAUAUAUAUAUAUAUAUAUAUAUAGUGCCUUGCAAAAGCAUUAAUCCUCCUUGGUGUUUUUCCUAUUUUGUUGCAUUACAACCUGUAAUUUUUAAUUGAUUUUUGUCUGGAUAAGAGCGUCUGCUAAAUGACUAAAAUGUAAUGAACAUACACAAAAUAGUCCAAAUUGGUGAAGUGAAAUGAAAAAAAUUACUUGUUUCAAAAAAUUCUGCACAUCACUGACAACCUGAAAUGGUCCAUCCACACAGACAGUGUGGUGAAAAAGCCGCAAGAAAUUCAGGAGGCUGAAGAAAUGUGGCCUGGUAUGGCAAUUGCACCGUCCACAACUGCAGGGCUCUCCAGAGGGUGGUGUGGUCAUCCCAACGCAUCACCGCACACUGAAUCGCAUAUAGUGAUUCAUAAUGUUAGUGUCUGUUCAACACAUACUCUCGAGUCUAGAGUAUACCAACGCUAACUCGAUACCUAACUCCAAAUGAAAUCUUCUAAGAAGAUGUUUCACAAGCUCUCACUGUUGUGGUAUUGAUGAUAUUUGUCCCCCCUCUGUGUCCUAAUUCCAUAUCUGGCAGGAGAAGCAUUGAUAUAAGAUCUGUUUUGGCCCAGAGAUAUAUUUUCACUCUCAUCUUCCACUAAUGCCUGGAGCUCUCUCCCCAGUUUUGGCAGAGUCUGGGCAGUGCAGACCUGGGUUCAAAUAGUAUUUUAACUCUUUGAGCGUUAGCUUGCGCCUGCCUGGAGUGCUAGAUGGUCUGGCUUGAACUUUUGAAACUAUUCCAUUGGCUCUAUUUUGCCAGGCAAGCUCAAUCAAUCACAGCUAAAAUAUUUUCAAGAUUUCUAAUAAUAUCUUAACCCAGGACUAGGACAGGGUAUUUGGCUAGCCGUGACUCGGGCUGAGGUGUUGCAAUGUCACCAAGGUACUAACUGCGCUGCUGCUGCUGGGAUGCUGUCUGCAGUUGGUGCAGAGUGAUGUCGGUCCGAUGUGUAGGGUUUGGUCCUUUAAAAUGUUUCCCUGUUCUUUACAGGUGACACUACUAUGCUAAGGACUGUCUGUGAUUUAAGUUAAUAUGUUAUAUGGUUGUUUUACCUAUUUUGAAAUGCACUAAUUGUAAGCCAUUCUAGAUAAGAGCAUCUACUAAAUGAUUCAAAUGCGAAUGUAAUGUUCUAACCACAGUGUCCUGGAUGUAGUUCUCAGUAAUACCUCUCUUCCAGAAAAGGAUGUGGACAAAUUAUUUUCAAGUGUUUACAAUGCAGUCUUUGUUUUCUAUAACACUCUUCUUACAGAGCCUGUGUCACUUCAGCAGUCCACACCACAACCAAACCUUUCUCAUAGGGUACAGGUGCUUUCUGUGAGCUGAAAUGAUCAGAAAUGAAAGUAACCAUAACUGUUCCUUUACCAAACAUUACAGGAGUUUUAUGCUCAGCAGGUUUGACCACCGCAAUGUAGGCUAAAUGUCGACUGCACCCACCACAGUGUCACUGGUCCCCACUCCCUUUCCACAGGUGCUAAUGAUACCACCUUGGGAUAUCCCUCCCCUUAAUACCCUUCAUAUAUAUGACUUAAUAGUUUCCCGUCCCCUCUGUUCUUCAUAUGAGCAUUACUCCUCAUGCAGUCAUAAUCAUUUCUGAUCAUUGUGUCACAGCAAACAGAGUAAUUCUCAUAUGUUCAUAAACUCUCAUAAUACAGAAACAAACAGCAUGUGUGUGUUUAAUGUUCAUUUCAAACCUCCUCACCCUCCUUUUAUCCCUCUGUGAUGUUUGUGUUCUCCUCCUCCCAUCACAGUGUGGGGUUUCUCUAUUCUGAGUGUGACCCUGGUCAGUGCAUUCUCCCUCCCCGGUGUGUUCCUGGUUCCCAUCAUAAUGGCGUGUCACAUGUGCCGGGGACUAGUCUAUUUCAUCGCCCUCUCCAUCUGAACUCUCUCUACUCCACCGACGUGUUUCAGCUCCUGCCAGAGGUGCACUGUCCAUUCAUCCCCUAUUGAAAAAGUCCCCAAAAAGACAACACCCAUCCCCUCACUCUCUCCACAUACUCCCCUAUCCCCUCAAAGGUCCUCUUAAGAAAAACCUGCCUGGGGCUCCACACCUUACUGGGGUAAUGGCCCACUCCAGGGUCCUCUCCUGACAUUCCUCCACAUACUGUAUCCCCUUUGUCAUUCGCCCAUACUUGUUCGAUGAAGUAAAGAGGGCCUCAACAAAACAACAAUGCACCACCGACCAAGCACACACUCACUUCUUCACCUCCCUUUGGGCAUUUCCUUUUUGUUCUCUCUCCUCCCUCCCUCUCUUCCUUCCUGGGGUUGUAAUAAGCACCUUGGGAAUCGUCCUGUUCAACCAAAACUUCAGAGACUUUGACUCUAUGGUUGCCUCAGUGAUUCUCUGCCAGUGGAAUUCUGGAUUGAUUGUUUUCUCUGUGUUCUCUCUGUUGUCUUUGUGUGAGUCUGAUACACAGGGUGAUGUUUGGUUAAGCUGUCUUCUCUACACUCUGCUAGCUGGGGAAUAAAUACUGAGUAUACCCCCUCUUUACACUCAGAACAGACUCAAUUCGUCGAGGCAUUGACUCUACAAGGUGUCGAAAGUGUUUCACAACAGCGUUGCAGUUCUUGACACAAACCGGUGUGCGCCUGGCACCUACUACCAUACCCUGUUCAAAGGCACUUAAAUAUUUUGUCUUGCCCCUUCCCCUCUGAAUGGCACACACACACAAUCCAUGUCUCAAUUCUCUCAAGGCUUCAAAAUCCUUCUUUAACCUGUCUCCUACCCUUCAUCUACUCUGAUUGAAGUGGAUUUAACAAGUGACAUUAAUAAGGGAUCAUAGCAUUCACCUGGUCAGUCUAUGUAAUGGAAAGCGCAGGUGUUCUUUAUGUUUUGUACACUUAGUGUAUAUAGGCCAUCUGUGAGACUGGUUCUCCUUGGAGAGAGCUGUCUGGCUGGCUGCUGGCUGAGAGGCUGGCUGGCUGAGUGACUGGCUGGCUGAAAGCCUAGCUGAUUGGCUGAGAGCCUGGCUGGCUGACUGAGAAGCUGACAGGCAGAGAGACUGGUUGUAGAGCACACACAGUAUCUCUCUAACCUCACCUCAGUGAAACCAGGCCAAGUGGGCAUUUGCUGCUCCCAAUGUCCUGCAACUUUCUUUCUCAAAGUACUAUUGGCGAAUUGUGUGUAAAAAAAAAUAACCAUAAUAGUAAGGCAUGAAAAAGUAAUGAAGAGUAAUGGGUUAAGGUGGUGGUGCCCUUUAUAAAGCCCCUUGACUUUCAGUGUUUCCUAACUCCAGUCCUCGAGGACCCCCAACAGCACACAUUUUUGUUGUUGCCCCCUAACAAACUCAACUGAUUCAACUCAUCAUGGGCUUGAUGAUUAGUUGAUAAGUUGAAUCCGGUGUGCUUGUCCAUGGCUACAACAAAUAUGUGUACUGCUGGAGGUACUCGAGGACUGGAGUUGGGAAACACUGACUUAGUUGAUAUGUAACUGCUCAGAGAGAAAAUAAAGGCUGUUUUCUAGCUCCCCUUUCCUGUUCAGGCAGCGUGUCUGCUGUGAUUCAGCAGGGGCAUUUGUCAAAACAAAUGUUUGACAAAUGAGUGAAGGAAAUGCAGAAAAUUAUUUUGGGUUGAAGUUUGAUUGAAUAGUAUAAAACAGUCAGAAGAGAGAGAGAGCCCCAUUUUUAAAACCAUCUUAAAAUGUAUUUGUUGCCACCCUAGGGCCAUGCCCUACUCACAAAGCAUAUUUAGGACUUUAUUAUUUAAAAAAAACAUCAAAUACAGUCAAAAAUGAGGAAAAUAUUGUAGUAUUUGGCCAUAUCACCCAGCCCUGUGUGUGUGUGUGUUGAGUGUGUGUGUGUGUGUGUCUAGCAUCCCUGUCUUUCCCCUGGUUUAUCUGAUCGCUCUUGCAUUGCGUACUCCCUAAUAUCCUCCUGCAUUGUGCUCCAGCUCAACGCACCAGUGAUUCCAUUCCCAGCCUGACUACAUCAGAAUGGCCUGAGGAUGCUGCUGCUCUGAUCUCUGAUGACAUAAUUGCUCCCUAAUUAUAUCCCCCUCCUCUUAAUCACAGGCAGUGUUUGGGGUCGGAACACUGAUCUGAUGGGAAACAAAUCAUGGUGUUUCCUAAUCAUACAGCUAUUUGUCCUAAUGCACGGGAAUGUUUAUCUCAUAGUGAUCUCAAACACACACAGGUCUGUGAAUGGACAGUUAAUGCCCAUUGAUUGGGCACUUCCGGUUGUUUGGGAAAAGCACUGUUGUGGGUGAUCUGAUUCUUUCCUUCGGGGUGAAAUCCACUGAUGUUAUCCUCAGGUUUCUUCUGCAGUGGGGGAAAAAACAAUAUCUUUAAUGAUUUCAUGACGUUAAUUUUCAAUUUAUUUUCCCCUUUGUCCUUUUUUCCUCUCCUCCUCUUUGGUCCUCUCUCUCUCUCUCUCUCUUUCUCUCCCUCCUCUGGUCGUGGUCAGUUUGGGGUUAUGGGUUCCUGUGUGUGACCCUCAUCUCUCUGUGUUCGCUGGUUGGGGCCAGUGUGGUCCCCUUCAUGAGGAAAACCUUUUACAAGCGCCUGCUCCUCUACUUCAUAGCCCUGGCCAUUGGCACCCUCUACUCCAACGCCCUGUUUCAGCUCAUCCCAGAGGUAGUGUGAAUGGCAUGCUGUUCCCUUUGUAGUACACUACUUGUCACAGUAUCAUUGUGCUUUUCUACCUCAUUGGUGUUCCCCUUUUCAAGCAGUCCUCAAAUUUGAAACGGAGGCCAAAAGUAAAUGGUGUGGAUUACAGUUUCGCCUGGCCCAUAGACCAACUUAAAAGAAAUGUGUUAGGUUAACUAUCAACAGUAUAUCACUUUAUUGCCCCCCCCCAUUAGUGCCCUGUGGAUGGGGGCAUCCUAUGGGGGAAUAGCCACCGUGGCUAUUCCCCCAUAGGAUGCCCCCAUCCACAGGACACGAGUGGUCACUGAAUGGUUUGAUGAGCAUGAAAACGAUGUAAACCAUAUGCCAUGGCCGUCUCAGUCACCAGAUCUCAACACAAUUGAACAAUAAUGGGGUGGCAGGUAGCUUAGUGGUUAAAAGCGUUGUGCCAGUAACCGAAAGGUCGCUGGUUCUAAUCCCCGAGCCGACUAGGUGAAAAAUCUGUCGAUGUGCCCUUGAGCAAGGCACUUAACCCUAAUUGCUCCUGUAAGUCGCUCUGGAUAAGAGCGUCUGCUAAAUGACUAAAAUGUAAAAAUGUAAAUAAUGGGAGAUUCUGAAGUGGCGCCUGAGACGGUGUUUUCCACCACCACCAUCAACAAAACACCAAAUGAUGGAAUUUCUCAUGGAAGAAUGGUGUCACAUCCCUCCAAUAGAGUUCCACACACUUGUAGAAUAUAUGCCAAGGUGCAUUGAAGCUGUUCUGGCAACACCCUAUUAAGACACUUUAUGUUGGUGUUGCCUUUAUUUUGGCAGUUACCUGUAUUACCGAUUGUUUUUCAAUAUUCUGACAGUGAAGGAUUCCCAAUGCCAAUGAUUCAUACACAACUAAGCACAUACUGUACAUAUAGUAAUUCAGAGGCUUGUGCAUACAAAUACCUUGACAUAGAGUAAAACGAUAGCCAUUCAUUCACUCCCCAUAAUUUACAUGUUCAGCUUCAGUUUUGCUGAAUCAUGACUGAGCCAUAAGCUAUAGCUGCAGGAAGUAGGGAUGCUGAGGGUGCUGCCCCCUGAACAAAAUAGUGCACUGGCCUUUACUAGUCCUGUAUUAGCGGACCGAUAUAUCCGUCAGUAGUGUGGGCAAACAUUUUUAGAGCCCCCCCCCCAUCGACUAAAUAAUUCUCAGCCCCCCCACCCCCAAACGACUUCCCGCGGCUAAGCCAUAAGCUACAUGUAAGUGAUACUCUUAGAUACUUAGUUCAGUCAAAGCAAUGACAUAUUUUUACACAAACCCUUUAACAGUCAAAUGUGGUACCCUGUUAUUAUCAAAUAGACAGAUGCCUCUGUGUCUCUACUGCCCUAGGCUUUAGUUAACUGUGUUUCUAUUGCCCUCCUAUGCUUUAGUUAGGUCUAACUUGGUCUCUACUGCCCUAGGCUUUAGUUAACUGUGUCUCAUCCUACUAGGCAUUUGGCUUUGACCCCAUGGUGGACAACUAUGUGUCCAAGUCUACAGUGGUGUUUGGAGGGUUCUACCUCUUCUUCUUCACUGAGAAGGUCCUCAAGAUGCUGCUCAAACCGAAGAAUAAGGUGAGUCGACAAUGAUAUUCAUGAUCCAGUAAUUGCCACACAACCACAGUUGAUGGUAUUUGCUUUGCAGCAAGGUAGCUUACUGAAAAAUUCACAAGGAAGACAAACAUAAAAAGUGUAAUUUCUUUCACCGUAUCCUUUGUGAAAGGUUUUAAGGGGUAUAAUUUGUCAUGUUUACAAAAACAUUAAAUUUGUUUCCCUGGUGCAAACACAUUGACAGUGUUUCCUCUGCAGCUUAUAUGUGAACCCAUUGGGAUUGAUCAGAAACCGGAAAAGUUAUUGUCUGUUCUGUUUUAUGUACUGUACAUGCAUUCUCUUCCACGGGACUGGCUUUGUAUGAUAUAUUCGAGCAUAAACUAGUCAAUUUAUCAUAAACCCAUUGACUAGUUGAAUCAGGUGUGCUGGUGUUGGAAUAAAAAAUUUGAAAUUACUGGUAUUCCAACUUCCAAGAAGACUAGGUUGAGAAAAACUGUUCUGUGGUGUGGCUUUAUAAUAGGCUCAUAAACAUCCACUAGUCUCAACCAGGACUCAACACACAGAUAAGCAUCAGCUCUUAGAUGGAGUGGAGAGGUGAUACAGUAUAUAUUUUCAUGGGAAAAUCAUAUCUGUAUACUCAAUCAAGGAUUUCACAGCCAUGGCCGGUUUGUCCUGUCUGUCUAGCUGGGGGCCCGGGUGUUGGUUUACAGUAACUGUCUGAACAGUAACCGCUCACCUCAGAACUCCUCAGGCAGUUAUGGGCCCUAUAAAUAUUACCAUAUGUUCAUACAACACAAAACUAGAAUGCAAGCCUGUUCUACUCAUUCUAUUUCUAUACUACACUACAUGACCAAAAGUAUGUGGACACCUGAACAUUGCCGGCACUAUGCAUUGGGGCAGGUAGCGUUCUCCUGGCAUCCGCAAAACCCAGAUUCGUCCGUCUGUCUGCCAGAUGGUGAAGUGUGAUUCAUCACUCCAGAGAACGCGUUUCCUCAGAGUCCAAUGGCAGCGAGCUUUACACCACUCCAGCCGACGCUUGGCAUCGCGCAUGGUGAUCUUAGGCUUGUGUGCGACUGCUCGGCUAUGGAAACCCAUUUCCUGAAUCUCCCAACAAAGUUAUUUUGCUGACGUUGCUUCUAGAGGCAGUUUGGACCUCGGUAGUGAGUGUUGCAACAGAGGACAGACCAUUUUUACGCGCUACACGCUUCAGCGUUCAAGGCCCAGUUCUGUGAGCUUGUGUGGCCUACCACUCCGUGGCUGAGCCGUUGUUGCUCCUAGACGUUUCCACUUCACAAUAACAGCACUUACAGUUGACCGGGGCAGCUCUAGCAGGGCAGAAAUUCGACAAACUGACUUGUUGGAAAUGUGGCAUCCUAUGACGAUGCCACGUUGAAUGUCACUGAGCUUUUCAGUAAGGCCAUUCUACUGCCAAUGUUUGACUAUGGCGAUUGCUCAAUUUUAUACACCUGUCAGCAACGGGUGUGGCUGAAAUAGCCGAAUCCACUAAUUUGAAGGGGUGUCCACAUACUUUUAUAUAGUGUUUUUCUGGAUGUUGUGUAUCCCUGGAAAUUAAUGUAAACAUAACAGUUUUGUAAACAGCUUGACCAAAAAAAAGUGGUCUCUUGGCAGAAUUUACCCCGGGUAUGGGGUAAGUUGAGCAUGGGGAUAGGGUAAAUUGAGCUGCCUUGAGGUAAACGGGUGAUUGUGCUGGUAGGUCAAAAUUUUAUUAAUGAAAUGUGUGUGUGGUAUAUUCUAUAUCUUAAAUGUAUGCCUACAUUCAGAUCUCUGUUCAAUAUCACUUACCCUUCAAUGAUUCAUUUUGUAUAUGGUUUCCUAGAAACAAGGGGUGGCACAACUAACCCUUUGGCUCAACUUACCCCACUCUCCGCUAUUGUACAUGCCUAAGACCUACCUCCUACACAAGUAGAGAGAUGCUUCACAUAGUUUAGGAUGGAAAAUGGCAUAAGUUGAGAAGGUAGAGAUGUUUAAGCACAUUGUACUACGAACACUGGACCUGCCUCUGUAGCCCAGGGAAGGUCCCGGAAGUUAGCUUAGCUCUAUGUUAGCAUCAGUGAAUAGUUAGCUUAGCUAUGUUAGCAUCAAUCGAUUAUUUGAUCUUUGCAGUAGUGUUGGAUAAGAUGUCUGUUUGUUUAGUGUAUUGUACUGUAUGACCAUCUGCCUUUCAGGUCACAAGUUGUCAUUGUUUGAGGUGAUGCUUCCACCUAGUGGACAUUCAGCAUAGUACAGAUUUGAAACAUGGUUUGGACCUGAUGGCCAGAUUGUACAACUAGUGUGGGCCUAAUGCUCUAACAUGUUCAGUAGUAACACUGGUCUGCUGUGGUCUCUUAAACCAAUUAUAGAGUCCUCUACUUGACGUCCUCUAACACAGUCUGAAAGUAUAGUAUAACUUUAAAUAGCUAACAACAUUGUUAAUUCAGGAAAAUACUAUGCUUUCUAAAUCCUGGUAAGAAAUACUCUUCAUAUGUGACUUGACAGGGCCACAGCCACUUCCCAGCCUCAGAGCAGCUGUAUGCUGCAGCCAACAGAGACAUGGAGGAUGGCGUGACCGAAAAGUUGCAGCAGGAGGGAGAGGCAGGGCUUAACCUGCCCAGGGUGGUCGGAGGAGAGGGGGACCGCAAGCUCACCCCCGCACUCACCCCACCGGUAAAAGAGAGGCGCGCACACUCACUGUCAUACACACACUUUCUCACCCUUCCACUCUCCCUCCCUCCAUUCCUCACACCUCUCCUCCUCUCCAACAGGACUCUCAGAGCCUGGGCGGAGGGAACAGCAGAGGAGGCUGCUAUUGGCUAAAGGGUACAGCGUAUUCUGACAUUGGCACGCUGGCCUGGAUGAUCACGCUGAGUGACGGGCUACAUAACUUCAUCGACGGCCUGGCCAUUGGAGCUUCAUUCACUGCCUCAACGUUCCAGGGCAUCAGCACCUCUGUGGCCAUACUCUGUGAGGAGUUCCCCCAUGAGCUAGGUGAGUUCACACAGCCUAAGUUUCAAAUCCACAGAAAUUAGAGAAUAUUAGGUUAUAUAUACAGUGGGGAGAACAAGUAUUUGAUACACUGCCGAUUUUGCAGGUUUUCCUACUUACAAAGCAUGUAGAGGUCUGAAAAUCCAGAAAAUCCAGAAAAUCACAUUGUAUGAUUUUUAAGUAAUUAAUUUGCAUUUUAUUGCAUGACAUAAGUAUUUGAUCACCUACCAACCAGUAAGAAUUUCGGCUCUCACAGACCUGUUCGUUUUUCUUUAAGAAGCCCUCCUGUUCUCCACUCAUUACCUGUAUUAACUGCACCUGUUUGAACUCGUUACCUGUAUAAAAGACACCUGUCCACACACUCAAUCAAACAGACUCCAACCUCUCCACAAUGGCCAAGACCAGAGAGCUGUGUAAGGACAUUAGGGAUAAAAUUGUAGACCUGCACAAGGCUGGGAUGGGCUACAGGACAAUAGGCAAGCAGCUUGGUGAGAAGGCAACAACUGUUGGCGCAAUUAUUAGAAAAUGGAAGAAGUUCAAGAUGACGUCAAUCACCCUCGGUCUGGGGCUCCAUGCAAGAUCUUACCUCGUGGGGCAUCAAUGAUCAUGAGGAAGGUGAGGGAUCAGCCCAGAACUACACGGCAGGACCUGGUCAAUGACCUGAAGAGAGCUGGGACCACAGUCUCAAAGAAAACCAUUAGUAACACACUACGCCGUCAUGGAUUAAAAUCCUGCAGCGUACGCAAGGUCCCCCUGCUCAAGCCAGCGCAUGUCCAGGCCCGUCUGAAGUUUCCCAAUGACCAUCUGGAUGAUCCAGAGGAGGAAUGGGAGAAGGUCAUGUGGUCUGAUGAGACAAAAAUAGAGCUUUUUGGUCUAAACUCCACUCGCCGUGUUUGGAGGAAGAAGAAGGAUGAGUACAACCCCAAGAACACCAUCCCAACCGUGAAGCAUGGAGGUAGAAACAUCAUUCUUUGGGGAUGCUUUUCUGCAAAGGGGACAGGACGACUGCACCGUAUUGAGGGGAGGAUGGAUGGGGCCAUGUAUCGCGAGAUCUUGGCCAACAACCUCCUUCACUCAGUAAGAGCAUUGAAGAUGGGUCGUGGCUGGGUCUUCCAGCAUGACAACGACCCGAAACACACAGCCAGGGCAACUAAGGAGUGGCUCCGUAAGAAGCAUCUCAAGGUCCUGGAGUGGCCUAGCCAGUCUCCAGACCUGAACCCAAUAGAAAAUCUUUGGAGGGAGCUGAAAGUCCGUAUUGCCCAGCGACAGCCCCGAAACCUGAAGGAUCUGGAGAAGGUCUGUAUGGCCAAAAUCCUUGCUGCAGUGUGUGCAAACCUGGUCAAGACCUACAGGAAACGUAUGAUCUCUGUAAUUGCAAACAAAGGUUUCUGUACCAAAUAUUAAGUUCUGCUUUUCUGAUGUAUCAAAUACUUAUGUCGUGCAAUAAAAUGCAAAUUAAUUACUUAAAAAUCAUACAAUGUGAUUUUCUGGAUUUUUUAAAAUAGAUUCUGUCUCUCACAGUUGAAGUGUACCUAUGAUAAAAAUUACAGACCUCUACAUGCUUUGUAAGUAGGAAAACCUGCAAAAUCGGCAGUGUAUCAAAUACUUGUUCUCCCCACUGUAUAUACAGUGCAUUCGGAAAGUAUUCAGACCCCUUGACUUUUUCCACAUUUUGUUAUGUUACAGCCGUAUUCUAAAAUGGAUUCAAUAGUUUUUUCCCCUCAUCAAUCUACACACAAUACCCCAUAAUGACAAAGCAAAAACACGUUAAAAAACAACUGACAUCACAUUUCCAUAAGUAUUCAGACCCUUUGCUAUGAGACUCGAAAUUGAGCUCAGGUGCAUCCUGUUUCCAUUGAUCAUCCUUGAGAUGUUUCUACAACUUGAUUGGAGGCCACCUGUGGAAAAUUAAAUUGAUUAGACAUGAUUUGAAAAGGCACACACGUGGCUUUAUAAGGUCCCACAGUUGAACGUGGAUGUCAGAGCAAAAACCAAGCCAUGACGUCAAAGGAAUUGUCCGUAGAGCUCCGAGACAGGAUUGUGUUGAGGCACAGAUCUGGGGAAGGGUACCAAAAAAUGUCUGCAGCAUUGACGGUCCCCAAGAACACAGUGGCCUCCAUCAUUCUUAAAUGGAAGAAGUUUGGAACCACCAAGACUCUUCCUAGAGCUGGCCGCCCAGCCAAACUGAGCAAUCGGGGGAGAAGGGCCUUGGUCAGGGAGGCGACCAAGAACCCGAUUGUCAAUCUGACAGAGCUCCAUAGUUCCUCUGUGGAGAUGGGAGAACCUUCCAGAAGGACAGCCAUCUCUGCAGCACUCCACCAAUCAGGCCUUUAUGGUAGAGUGGCCAGACGGAAGCCACUCCUCAGUAAAAAGCACAUGACAGCCCUAAAGACUCUGACCAUGAGAAACGAGAUCCUCUGGUCUGAUGAAACCAAGAUUGAACUCUUUGGCCUGAAUGCCAAGCGUCACGUCUGGAGGAAACCUGGCACCAUCCCUACGGUGAAGCAUGGUGGUGGCGGCAUCAUGCUGUGGGGGAUGUUUUUCAGCGGCAGAGACUGGGAGACUAGUCAGGAUCGAGGGAAAGAUGAACGGAGCAAAGUACAGAGAGAUCCUUGAUGAAAACCUGCUCCAGAGCGUUCAGAACCUCAGACUGCGGCAAAGGUUAACCUUCCAACAGGACAACCACCCAAAGCACACAGCCAAGACAACGCAGGAGUGGCUUCGGGACAUGUCUCUGAAUGUCCUUGAGCGGCCCAGCCAGAGCCCGGACUUGAACCCGAUUGUACAUCUCUGGAGAGACCUGAAAAUAGCUGUGCAGCGAUGCUCCCCAUCCAACCUGACAGAGCUUGAGAGGAUCUGCAGAGAAGAAUGGGAGAAACUCCCCAAAUACAGGUGUGCCAAGCUUGUAGCGUCAUACCCAAGAAGACUUGAGACUUGCAAAGACCCUGGCCAUGCCCAAGUCAACAGUUUGGUUCAUCAUUAACAAGAAAAAAACAACCGGUGAACUCAAUUAUGUCAAAAGACCCGGUAGACCGAGGAAGACCACUGUAGUGGGGACCGGAGAAUACUCUCUAUGGUGAAGAAAACCCCCCUGACAACAGCCCAACAGAUCAAAAACACUCUCCUGGAUGCAGGUGUAGAUGUGUCAAAGUCUACCAUACGUAGAAGACUACACCAGCAGGACUACAGAGGGUACACUACAAGCGGCAGGUAGCUUAGUGGUUAAGAGCGUAGUGCCAGUAACCGAAAGGUCGCUGGUUCUAAUCCCCGAGCCGACUAGGUGAACAAAUCUGUCGAUGUGCCCUUGAGCAAGGCACUUAACCCUAAUUGCUCCUGUAAGUCACUCUGGAUAAGAGCGUCUGCUAAAUGACUAAAAUGUCUAAAAUGUAAGAUGCAAACCACUGAUAAGCCUGAAGAACAGAAAGGCGAGAUUACAGUUUGCUAAAAAGCACCUAAAAGAGCCCCAAGAGUUCUGGAAAAACGUAUUGUGGACAGAUGAGACAAAGAUGAACAUGUACCAGAGUGAUGGAAAGAGGAAAGUGUGGAGAAAAAAAAGAAAUGCCCAUGAUCCAAAGCAUACCACCUCAUCCGUGAAACAUGGUGGAGGGGGUGUUAUGGCUUGGGCCUGUAUGGCUGCCAGUGGAACAGGCUCACUUGUCUUCAUCGAUGAUGUGACUGCAGACAGAAGUAGAACAAUGAAUUCUGAAGUCUACAGAAAUAUUUUAUCUGCUCAGAUAAAACCAAAUGCCUCCAAACUCAUUGGACGGCACUUCAUCAUGCAACAAUGACCCUAAACAUACUGCUAGAGCAACAAAGGGGUUUUUAAUGGCCAAGAAGUGGAAAAUCCUUUACUGGCCGAGUCAAUCACUGGAUCUGAAUCCAAUUGAACAUGCAUUUUACAUGCUGAAGAGGAGACUGAAGGCAAUAAGUCCCCGAAACAAGCAGGAACUGAAGAUGGCUGCAGUACAGGCCUGGCAGAGCAUCACCAGGGAAGAUACCCAGCGUCUGGUGAUGUCGAUGCAUCGUAGACUUCAAGCAGUCAUUGCAUGCAAAGGAUAUGCGACCAAAUAUUAACAAUGAUUACUUUAUUCUACAUUAUGUUAAACUGUCCAAUGUUUUUUGAUGCCCGAAAAUGGGGGGGGACCAUGUACAAAAGCUUCUAUAAUUUCUAAACGGUUAAUCCGAUAUGUAUGAAAAUACCCUCCAAAUUAAAGCUGACAGUCUGCACUUCACCCUCAUUGUCAUUGUAUCCUUUUAAACUCAAAGUGCUAGAGUACAGAACCAAAAUAACAAAACAAAGGUCACUGUCCAAUGAAUUAUGGAGCUCACUGUAUGUAAAUGUAAUAUUUCUAAAAACCUGUUUUUGCUUUGUCUUUAUGGGGUAUUGUGUGUAGAUGGAUGAGGAAAAAAAAACUAUUCAAUCAAUUUUAGAAUAAGGCUGUAACGUAACAAUGUGGAAAAGGUCAAGCGGUCUGAAUACUUUCCGAAUGCACUGUACAUACUUUCACCUCCACUUAUAUUAAAAUAAAUGGGACACUCCUUGCUCCGACCAAACGCUACACUACGCCCACAAGUUUCUUCUCUGCUAUGAGUCUGGAUCUCAGUACCUACCCGACCCAUCACCAAAUGCGAACACAUUCGAGGCUAUCUGAUUGGUUCAGAAACUGAUGGGUUGGGCCAGAGCUAUAACACGUGGGUGAAGCGGCAGUAUGAAAAUGUGUAAUUGGCUUUGAUACUCUGAUUGGUUAGAGACGAUCUAAUCACUGACUUUUUGUACAACGCCCCUUGCCCCUUUUGUACAAUGCCCCUCGUCAACACAAACAACUUAAAUGAUGGCAGUCUGAGACUAAAGUAUUUAACGAACGACAGAGCAGCGGAGGAAUUUUGUGUGAGUUGUAGGGCUAGGUCAGUCCCCCACCAAAAAUAAUUAUCUAAAAACACCCACCACUCCCAAAGCACACUUUUUUUAUUUGAUGGAUAAUGUUUUGGCCUCUAACUGGGCUUAUGUGAAUCCACCUUUCGAAGCAAUAAGUAUCUAUGUUUCUCUCUCUCCCCCCCCCCUCCCUCCUCCUUCAGGUGACUUUGUGAUCUUGUUAAAUGCUGGGAUGAGUAUCCAGCAGGCUCUGUUCUUCAACUUCCUGUCUGCCUGCUGCUGCUACCUGGGCAUGGGCUUUGGCAUCCUGGCAGGAAACAGCUUCUCACCUCAAUGGAUCUUUGCACUGGCAGGGGGCAUGUUCCUCUACAUUGCCCUGGCAGACAUGGUACGUCCUGGGAUGGGAUGAACGUGUGUGUGUGUCUGUGUGUAUCCACUGGCUGGGCUCUAGACUAACAUUUUUGUGGCACUGGUGUCAUUUUAAGUUAUUCAGUUGGUGGCACCAGGCCAUGAUUUGGUUCACCAGUUUUUUGGGCGGUGUCACACAAUAAAACAAAUUUGUAUCAUGUUAGAAAGUCAUUCACAGUGCUUUAUUAAAAAGUGCAAUAGACUACUGAGAUGGUAUUCAAGAACUAAGUUGUUUCAUCUUUGUGACUCAAAAUAUUUUUAUGUGCAACCUAGUCCAGUGAUUGUCAUGCAUUUUGGGUUGACAAUUAGGCUAUUGUUAUAUUUUGUUAAAAUAGCAGUGGUGGAAAAAGUACCCAAUUGUCAUACUUGAGUAAAAGUAAAGAUACCUUAAUAGAAAAUGACUGAAGUAAAAGUGAAAGUCACCCAGUAAAAUACUACUUGAGUAAAAGUCUAAAAGUAUUUGGUUUUAAAUAUACUUAAGUAUCAUAAGUAAAUGUAAUUCCUAAAAUAUACUUAAGUAUCAAAAGUAGAAGUAUGAAUAAUUUCACAUUCCUUAUAUUAAGCAAACCAGAUGGCACAAUUUUUUCUUAUUUUUUUACAUUUACGGAUAGCCAGGGGCACGCUCCAACACUCAGACAUCAUUUACAAAACGUACCAUUGGUGUUUAGUGAGUCUGCCAGAUCAGAGUCAGUAGGGAUGACCAGGGAUGUUCUCCCAUUUACACCAGAGAUCUGUAUAUAAUGAUGAGAUGCACGUCUCUGCCCUAGCAAUGGGAGUCGUUGCUUAGGUCCAAAAUAAGCCCAUAGAAACGCAUUGGCCUUAUUUUGGACAGAUUUUAGUGAGAGUGAAACCUCUCGCUUCGCCUCUUCCUCUGGUUUACACACACACACACCAAGCCCCUCCCCCUGCCUGUCACGCCAACAAAGUUGAGAGAUUGGUGGAUAUGGGGAUGGAUUUGAUAUAGAGCAAAAAGUACCAUUCAUUCAUCCAGUAUAUAGCUCUGUUUGAGGAACUGACCUGCUUUUUCUCCCUUUCCACUCUCUCUCCCUCCUUCUUGCUCUCCGUUCCUCUCUACCCCUCUCUCUCUCUCUCUCUCUCUCUCCCCCUCUCACUCUCCGUAGUUCCCAGAGAUGAAUGAGGUGAGUCGUGAGGAGGAGGAGGCUGGGGGCAGCAGCUUCUUCCUGACCUUCGCCAUCCAGAACGCCGGCCUCCUAACCGGCUUUGCCAUCAUGCUGCUGCUCACCACCUACUCUGGAGCAAUCACCAUGGACUAGCAUUAGGACUUCUACUGGACCUAACCGGUUUAAACCAAAUCAAACCGGUUACAACUGGAACCGGACCUGGAAAUGCCCUUUGGGGCUGAAAGGGAACGCCCGGUCCUCCCUCCCCAGGCUCCAUCUCUUCCUCUCAGGCCCUGUUUGGCUCUUUAUACUCCCUCAGGACUUUAGAGACCCGGGGCUUUGGUUCUAGUGUGGCAGGAACGCACCCUAUAAGGCUUAAGUUAUGAAAACACUUUUUUAUGCUGUUCCCAUAUGCAGUAGCUACUAGUACACUGGCAUGGGUACCUUCUCUCCUUCAUCUCUCUUGGGCCUUCUCUGACCCACGGACAACAACCCUGUUAAUCAAUCAAACAGUUCCUCGUUCCUCAGACUACUGAGAGGCCAUUUUGGCUCUAAACAGACUGCUGUUGUCAUGGAGAUCAUGUCCUUCUCUCAUUGGUUGUUUUGGAUGUGGACGAUGAGCCUUGACUGGGACCUUUUGAGCACCCGAGGGUCCAGGGACUCCGACGGGGACAUAGCAUAUUUAUAUUACCCAUAUGCCUCU